AUGGCAGAGUCUUGUCUCCCUCUUCACAAAUACACAGUGGGAUGGGUGUGCGCCCUCCCAGUCGAGCUCGCCGCGGCCUGCAAAAUGUUGGACAAGAGGCACCGGAACCUACCUCAGGAUGACAAUGACAGCAACCUAUACACACUUGGUUCCAUUGGUGGUCAUAAUGUUGUGAUUGCGGGCCUACCAGGAGGCGUGACAGGAACAACAUCCGCUGCUGUUGUUGCUACACAGAUGAAGGCCCGCUUUAAGGGUCUUCGAUUCGGCCUGAUGGUCGGUCUCGGUGGUGGUGUUUCAAGCCCGGAUGUUGAUAUCCGGCUCGGUGAUGUGGUUAUUAGUCAACCCUCUAAGAGACAUGGUGGAGUAGUCCAAUACGACUUUGGCAAGACCCGGCCAGGCCAGUUUGAACGGACAGGGUUCCUGAACUCACCACCACCUGUCCUACUGAAUGCCCUGACAAAACUCCAGGCGAAUCAGCUACUAGACGAGGGCAAUAUGCAGACGUACCUCUCUCAACUGAGCACUCUCCCACAUUUCUCACGCGAUGAUGUGGGUCCCGACAUCCUGUUCGAAUCAAGCUACGAGCAUCCCGAGGGCCAAAUGAUGUGUGAAAAGUGCGAUAGAGAGAAAAUAGUAGCGCGAGCAAAACGAGGGCACAACGAAGUAGUGCUACAUUUUGGUACCAUCGCCUCGGCGAAUCAGGUGAUGAGGGAUGGCAUCACUCGGGAUAAGCUGGCCUCGGAGCUCGGGGGAGUGCUUUGCUUUGAAAUGGAGGCAGCGGGCCUUAUGAACAACUUCCCGUGUCUUGUGAUUCGAGGUAUCUGUGACUACUCAGACUCGCACAAGAAUAAGAAAUGGCAGGGCUAUGCGGCAGCAGCCGCGGCGGCGGCGGCCAAGGAAAUUCUAUCACUUAUACCAGGGCAUGUGGUGGAGGAGCCCUUUACCGUGGAUGAGAUUAUAUCUUUGCAACUCGCGAUAGAAAAUGUGAAUGUUGACCAGUUUCUCAAACGAAUAGUGAGCGUUGGUGUGCGGAGGCCUUGUCCGGAUCUACCACCAGUCAGGUCGGACGACCCCAAGUACUGGUGGAUCUCUAGGAACAUCGACUUUCAGUGCUGGCAGUCCUCCGACUCCUCUCAAUUUCUCUGGCUGUCAGGGCGAUCUGAAUGCAAUAUCCAGCAAGCCACGGCAUUUCAGAUUGGAAAGGAAUUCAACAAGGCACCUGUGAAGCCAGCUUUCGUCCAAUUUCACUGUUCAGAUCUACUUCCCCCUCACUAUUCACUCAUAAAAGCUAUCUCUCAUUCAUUGUUUCAUCAGCUCAUCAGCAAUUUACCAGCGAACUCAAAAGACCUGGCCAUCAAGGAUUUCCUACGGUGUCUUUACUCAACAGCUGUCGCUAAAAGCGAAGAGCUAACCAAGCGCAUCAUACGUAUCGAUGAUAAAACUUCUAAAGAGAAUAUCAUCGACAUGAUUAUGAGACUAGAAGACAGCCAUCAUUGGAGUGCGUUGAAGGCUGCUCUAACUGAGGUUAAGCAAGAUCUGGUCCUUGUUUUAUAUCACAUAGACCUGGUUAGUCCGCAAAACAUUGAAUCUAUCCUUGAUAUUGUCACGUUUCUUAAGCACUUGGUCCAAAAGGCAACACGGAAAGUGAAAGUCCUCCUCACAAGCAAACCGAACGCCGAAAUUAGAGAAAUUCUCGCUGGAGUACCAAGCAUAGAACAUGACAAGGAACGUAAGGAAUGUCUGGCUAACCUUCGCUUCAACAACGAGCGAUAUGCCAAGAUUGCCUCGGAGCACAACGGGUCUUUCAAGUGGAUCUGGAACCAUGAGCAAUACAAAAAAUGGUCGAAGUCGGAAAGUUCCAGUCUUUUGUACCUUCAAGGAAAGCCAGGAAGUGGUAAAAGUACCAUGACGAAAUAUUUCACGGAAAGGCUUCUUCAGCAAGUCCAGUGCACAGAACCAGCAGCAGUAGCCAAAUUCUUUUACAGUUACAGAGAUGGUGAGGUACAGCUAAGUCACUAUAACAUGCUUCGAUCAAUUCUUUACGAUAUUCUAGAUCAGGACGAGAACUUUUUCUAUCAUCAGCUCCAGUCCGAAUAUCGUGAUCAGCCCCAACCGAACAAGCGUGUAGAAUGGGGGUAUGAAUCCUUGCAAAGGACACUUUCUUCACUGGAGACGUACCGGUCCAAUAAAAGGUUCUACUUGAUCAUAGAUGCUGUGGACGAGUCUGAAGAAAAUGAUAGGCGGCAUAUCCUCGAGCUUCUAUUUAACCUUUGUUGCAAUGCAAAACACUGUGUCCUAAAAGUCUUUAUUGCUAGCCGGCCGGUCCCAGUCCUUGAACGACGAAUUAGCGAAUUUCACAGUCUUAUACGACUACAAGAUGAGACUCAAAAGGACAUCUUAGAGUUUUCCAUGUCAUUCCUCAAUCGGCUGGAGCUGUCUAGCUACCUCGAACAAGCAAAACAGUACAUUAUCAGUCACGCCCAAGGCGUUUUCCUAUGGGUAAAGCUGGUGGGAGACGCAUUGAUCGAGUUUGACGAAGAGGGUCACUCAAAAGAAGUUGUGUUCAACUUCUUGAAGAGCUUACCAACUGAGUUAGAGGAGUUCUACACACGCAUGCUGCUGAAGAUAACGCAGAGGAAUUCCAAUAUUCUGAAUGCCAUUAAGAUGCUCCAAUUUGUUCUAUUUACAUAUCGACCUCUUAGUACAAUCGAACUACUGCAUGCGAUUGGUAUUUCAGGCGACUCCUUCGAAGGGCACGGCUCUUCGGAACAGGAUUUCAACGAACGAGUUCCGCAGGAACGGAGAAUACUUUCAUGUGGUGGUAACUUCUUGGAAAUCACUGACAACAAUGGCUACAAAGCAGUGCAAGUAAUGCAUCAAACUGCCCGUGAAUUCUUUCUUGGGGGUGGAGGCCUGGUUUCCCACCCAGAAUUCCGGAUAAAGUAUCAGGACUCGCAUAGUUCUAUAUCCAUUGUUUGUCUCCAAUAUCUGAACUUAUGUGUCGUAAAUGCUGCACAACCCGGGACACCAGAAGAAACUGAAUCAUGGACCUAUUGGCAGUUUCACUUCUAUGUGGAGUAUCUGGAGGGGAAACCGUUGGCAAAGUAUGCACUCUGUUACCUCAAAGAUCAUCUCGCCAUUUGUCUCAAGCUUGCGAAGGUCCAGGAUAGGAUUUCACGAUUUAGAGAGAUCGUCAAAGACCGACAUGCGUUUUACCUACUUAGCCCCUGUCUAAACGACUAUAUAGGGCAUGAUUUUCCCCUUGCAGAACAGAAGGGUGCAUCUAAAAGGUUCAAAGAUCGACUGUUACAUGUUGCAUCAUUGAAUGGCUUUUCUACAGCAGUAGAAAUUCUAAUAGCUGCUGGGGCUGAUAUAAAUGCAAAGGAUGAAAAAGGAAGAACACCAUGCUCGCGGGCAGCCGAGCGUGAUCACUUGGCAGUAGUUCGGAUUCUCGCUGAGCGGAAAGAUAUUGCCAUAGACUUGAAGGAUGAAAACGGUCGGACACCAUUGUCAUGGGCUGCAGAAUACGCUCAUAACGAUGUGGUGAGCUUCUUAAUGGACCUUCCGGGUGUCGAAAAAGACUCAAAAGAUUCAUACCGGCGGACACCAGUGCUUUGGGCGGCAAGGGAAGGCAACUUAUCAGCUCUCAGGCUAUUUGUGAGGCAUUUCGAGACCCGUGGUGCUGGUUUAAACAUCAAAGACAAUGAUUUAGAUGCCAAGGAUAACUUUGGUCGGACACCACUUUCGUGGGCAGCCGGAGCUGGUCAUGAAGCAGCCGCCAGAAUAUUGCUAGACGAAGGUCGUGUUUGUGGCAAUUCCAGGGAUAAUAAUGGGCGCACACCACUGUCGUUGGCAGCUGAAAAUGGCCAUGAAGAGCUGGUCCGGCUCUUGGCUGCCAGAGAGGACGUGGUCACAGAUUCAAAGGAUGAAGACUGGCGUACACCAUUAUCGAGGGCAGCGGAGAAUGGCCAUGAAGCUGUUGUUAAGUUCCUCCUUAAUCAACACGAUGUCAACGCAGAUUCGGUGGACGAAGACGGUCGUGCUCCGCUAUCAUGGGCUGCCGAGCAUGGUCAUGAAGAAAUAGUCCAGAUGCUAGCCGGUCGCGCGGAUGUCAAUGCUAACAACCCGGAUACCUUCGGCCGAACACCUCUGUCGUUGGCAGCAGUGCAUGGGCAUGAAGGAGUGUCUGCCCGGCUAGCCACCACCACCGUAAUCUUUGCAUCUUCCACCGCCGUGGGCAACUGCGAAUCGCUACAUCGUGGCGACAUCACUGUCGACCAGUGCAUGUUGGCUACUUUAAUAUCGGGUUCAAAUAGACACUAUGAUGGGGGAGCCGAUGAGCCAUUAGAGGAAGAAGGAUAUGUUCUAUUUAGCAGCCUUCCGAGAUCGCUAUUAAUGAGCCGUAAGUCCAGAGUCGCAGUUAUUGUUCGUUGGUCUCCCAAAGCAACCGGUCAGUUUGUUCUAUUCCUGGAUCUUUCACCAAGUCUGGAAACAGAGAUUCAAAUAGCCCUGAAAACGGGCCGUUGGGAUGAUCCGUAUACCUGGCAUGCCCUCCUUGCUCUGGAGGUCAAGCGCCAAUACCAGCACUAUAUUGAUAACGUGGUGCAGAAGGUGGAGGCAAUAUGUGCACUAUCUCACUUAGCCAUGGCUCCUGAAGUGCACGACUUAUCGGUGGACAUGGCCGACAUCAACGGGGCUCUAGAAGAUGCAGAAAACAGCAUGCAGGAUAUUCAUCGGCAGUUUGAGCUUCAAGCAUCCCAUGCCGUCAUGUCAACAGAAAGCUCAAUGUUGCGUCUCAACUGCUCCCAGAAGCUGCUUCUUGUGGCAAAGGACCUGAAUUCUAUCAGAAGUCGCGUGAACAUGUUACAAAAUUAUCUUCAAACUCACACUAUGAUUGACAGUCAAUUGAUACGCAAUGAAGCUAUGCGUAAUCUCCAACUCCCUGAAGCUGUUAUUGUCUUAAUGUUUCUUUUUCUCAUGUAUCUUCCAUCGAUAUUUGUAUCAAGCCUAUUCAAGAUGCAUGGAUUUGGCGUGAUCAAUUCAGGCCAAGAAAAAGGAAACAUGCUGUCGAUUGACUGGCUCUACUGGGUGAUAACGAUUCCUCUCAUCCUUUCGGGAUUCUCAAUGGUGAUAUUAUGCUCAAACCCCCAACGACGCAGGCUUUACCUGCGGUGGUUAUUCUGGUGCACAUUUAACGAACGCCCUGUAGAUGAGGUCUAG